CUCAAGUAUACAAACUAAAUAUACAAAACUAAACAUGACUCAAGACUCCAACGUCCAAUACAGCUUCGGUACUCAAGCCAUCCAUGCCGGUGCCCCAAUCGACCCACACACUGGUGCUGUGAUUGAACCAAUUUCUCUUUCCACCACUUUUGCCCAAUCACAACCAUCUGUUCCAAUUGGUGCUUUCGAAUACUCUAGAUCUUCUAACCCAAACAGAGACAACUUUGAAACUGCUGUUGCCGCUUUGGAAAAGGCCAAGUACGGUCUUGCUCUUGCCUCCGGUUCUGCUGUCACCUCUUUGAUCAUCCAAUCUCUCCCAAUUGGUUCUCACAUUGUUUCUGGUGGUGACGUUUACGGUGGUACCCACAGAUACUUCACCCAAGUUGCUCACACUCACGGUGUCACUGCUUCCUUCGUUGGUAACUUGGCCAAUGACCUUAAGGCUGCCAUUAAGGAAAACACCAAGUUGGUUUGGCUUGAAACUCCAUCUAACCCAACCUUGACUGUUACUGACAUUUCCAAGGUUUCUCAAAUCUUGAAGGACCAUGAAGCUUCCACUGGUAACAAGAUCAUUCUUGUUGUUGACAACACUUUCUUGUCUCCAUACAUUUCUAACCCAUUGUCUCACGGUGCUGAUGUUGUUGCUCACUCUGUUACCAAGUACAUCAAUGGUCACUCUGAUGUUGUUAUGGGUGUUUUAGCUACUAACGAUGACAAAUUGCACGAAAAGUUCAGAUUCUUGCAAAAUGCUAUUGGUUCUAUCCCAUCUCCAUUUGACUCUUGGUUGGCUCACAGAGGUUUAAAGACUUUACACUUGAGAGUUAGACAAGCUGCUACUUCUGCUCAAAAAAUUGCUGAAUACUUGUCUCAACACCACUCUGUUUCCAGAGUCAACUACCCAGGUUUGAAGACUCAUGCUAACCAUGAUGUUGUUGUUAAGCAACACAGAGACUCCUUGGGAGGUGGUAUGAUUUCUUUCAGAAUCAACGGUGGUGCUGAAGCUGCCGCUGCCUUCACUUCUUCCACCAAGUUGUUCACCUUGGCUGAAUCCUUGGGUGGUAUUGAAUCCUUGGUUGAAGUUCCAGCUGUUAUGACCCAUGGUGGUAUUCCAAAGGCUGAAAGAGAAUCUAAUGGUGUUUUCGAUGACUUGGUCAGAAUUUCUGUUGGUAUCGAAGAAACUGAUGAUUUACUUAGGGACAUUGAACAGGCUUUGGAAAAGUCUGCCAAAUAAAUAGAAACGGGUUAUUUAGUAGAUAAUAAGAUAUAAUGAGAUAUA